GAUUUGGCUCCCCAGCCUGGUAGAUGUCAAAGGCUGAAGCAGCUCCCUUUGCCAUAUUAUAGCAAGUAGGGGAUCUACUCUAACCAUGGCCACAGCUGCUUCUAAUCCCUACAGCAUUCUAAGUUCCAGCUCUAUGAUUCAUUCAGACCCCACGAGUAUGCAGCAAGGGAGUCCUUUCAGAAAUCCCCAGAAACUUCUACAAAGCGAUUAUCUGCAGGGAGUUCCUAGCAAUGGACAUCACCUUGGUCAUCACUGGGUGACUAGUUUAAGUGAAGGGGGCCCCUGGUCAUCAGCUAUAGCGACAAAUCCUUUAGACCAGCAAGACGUGAAACCCGUGAGAGAAGACCUUCAGCUUGGGGCCAUCAUUCAUCACAGGUCGUCUCAUGUUGCCCACCACUCACCCCAUACUAAUCAUCCGAGUGCUUGGGGGGCGAGUGCUGGUCAUAACUCUUCUCUAACCUCCAGUGGACAACCUCUCAAUGUGUAUGCACAGUCUGGGUUCACAGUCAAUGGUAUGCUGGAUCACGGCGGUCUAACACCACCUCCCACUUCAGCAAUACAAAAUCUUCAUCCAGGGCUAAGGGACACAACAGACCACGGAGAUGUCGGAGGCCAUCACUGCCACGAUCAUUCAGACGAGGAAACCCCUACAUCCGACGAACUUGAACAAUUUGCCAAACAGUUCAAACAAAGAAGAAUCAAGCUGGGAUUCACUCAAGCAGAUGUCGGGCUUGCACUGGGGACUUUGUAUGGCAAUGUUUUCUCCCAAACUACAAUUUGCAGGUUUGAAGCUUUGCAGCUCAGUUUCAAAAACAUGUGCAAACUGAAGCCACUGUUAAACAAGUGGCUAGAAGAAGCUGAUUCUUCCACUGGUAGUCCAACAAGUAUUGAUAAAAUUGCAGCCCAGGGAAGAAAAAGAAAGAAGAGAACGUCCAUAGAGGUGAGUGUUAAAGGAGUCUUAGAGACUCAUUUUCUUAAAUGCCCUAAGCCUGCAGCCCAAGAGAUCUCCUCUUUGGCAGACAGCCUGCAGUUAGAAAAAGAAGUGGUCCGUGUUUGGUUUUGUAAUAGAAGACAAAAAGAAAAAAGGAUGACCCCACCAGGGGAUCAGCAGCAGCACGAGGUGUAUUCCCACCCAGUUAAAACAGAUUCAUCAUGUCAUGAUCUCUGACUAUGGGACUAAAUCGCUCUCCGGAUAUUAAGGGAUGGUAUUCUUAGAGACUUUUUUUAAAUUACAUUGUGGAAGACGGAGGGUACUUAAUAGCACCGUUGCUUCUCCAGUAUCUGGGCAAUAUUUCUUGAACAUUUGAUGGCUAAUAUGUUUCCUAUAAACAUUGUUUACUACAAAAGGUUUAUUUUGAUCUCAGCUAUAGGAUGAAAAUACAGAUGUGUGCCUAAUAUGAAAAAAGAAACCUUCCUGCGCCUUGGUUGUAUCCGCUCUAUUUCAGGUGAAUCCCUUGAACAAUAAACACAAUUUAUUUUUUGUUUCUAUCUUAUAUUAUUCUUUUAAUUGCAGAGUGUUUUGCCACAGAGUUUUGACGGACAUUUACAAUUCCUUAAUGUUAUCCCAGCCAAAGUGAAUGACUUUGACUUGAUGCUUGCAUACAUAAUCUUCUACUUCAGAUACGCAGAUUGCAUUUUUUUACAAAUUUGAAACGUCCUUCUAUUUACAAGUACGAGGCUGAUACACAGUCCAGGAUACGCCAGCCUAGCAGUCUUUGUUUGUAACUGCCAUUGUGAACCAGUCCGAAGGUCGUGGCAACGCAGUACGCGCUGCAGAACCUUCCCUUUUUGCGAGGAAUCUGAUGUGUUAUGAUACCACAUAGUUUACUAGCAAACAUUGCCUGCUGCCCAAUUUAUUCAGCUUUGCACAUAUUAUGCAGACCUUCUGAUGGAUACAAGCAUACUGCAGAGAUGAGGCCCCGGGCGUAUUGUAUGACUUCAUAAGGGUUCAGACCUUGUGUGUGUCCUUGCUGUUUACUCAGUUCACAGUCGGUUUUGUUUUCCAAAGUUGCUUAUGCAAACACGCACCAAAAGAAUAUAUAUAUAUAUAUGUGUGUGUGUGUGUGUCUAUAUAUAUAUAUAUAUAUAUAUAUAUAUAUAUAUAUAUAUAUAUAUAUAUUCACACACACACCCACACAGCGUUGUCUCUCUUCAAUUUAGAACACUCCAUUUUGCAUUUAAUGACACUGGGCAUACACCUUCAGAUAUAUGCUAAUAAUGGCGACGUAGAUCUGCCCACAAAAAUUGAUCUGUUGCAAAACAAAGCAUAAGGUACAGUAAUCAAAAGUUAUGAAAUGUUGCAAUGUGAAGAAAUUGGAAACGGUUUUAUAUACUUUGAGAUAAAUGAUUGUUAAUGUGCCACUGAGCUUUGCUGGGAUUUUUGAAAACACAAGUUAUGGUAAAUAAAUAAUGUGUUCCACUUGGACUAUAUACCCAGUUAGGUGUACGUUCUAUUCAUCUUUUUACGUGACUUUCUUUAUACAGAACUUCUUGUCAAGUAAUUUCGUUGCCAAUACCAAGUUCCACCAUAUUUUUCUUCCAAUACAUAUUUGAACACUAACUUUCAUGACAGCAAAACACAUGACCUCAGUCAUCUACAAUAUUUAUUAAAGUAAACAUUGUAUCUAUAGACGUUUGCUGUAACAUUUACUAUUGUGUUACACAACAUAUUCCAAGCAUUAUUGCCUUUCUGCAGCUGAGCGCGAUAGUAAUUCUGUGAUCUCUUCGUUUUCCCAAUAUGUUCUUUAAAGUAGGUUUGAUUAAACUUACAGGUCUUAAGCAUUAAUGGAGUUAUGAAAUAUUUCUGCCAAUUUUUUGCAAUUGUACAGUUUUGUAUUAUAAGCCCUUUUGGAAGUUUUAAUUUAAACAAAAAUCAUUUUGUUAAUCAAUUAGUGACGGAUGUACAAUAUACACUAUUUUCAUUAAAGUUGCUUUUCGACUAUUUUAUUCAAAUUGCCUAUUGCAGUUCCCAACAAUUAUUUAUUUUCCAUAAAUUCUGUAUUAUGUUUUUUUAAUAAGUCUCAAAAAUGAAAUGAGUGUUGAAUAAUAAACAGUUUCGCCGUGAUGUCUGGUUGUUCAACCGAUUUAGUUAAGGGUUUAUAUGGACACUAUAUUUUAUUUGUUGUAAAAAGAAAUCAAUUUAAAUAAACAUUUUUUUACGAAA